AUGGUCUACGGCGGAAAGCCCUCGCGGGGCUGUCGAACAUGUCGCGCUCGCCGGAUCAAGUGCGAUGAAGGUAAACCAACAUGCAUGCAAUGCGCAAAGUCGAAGCGCGAAUGUGCCGGCUACCGAAACGAAUUCGAGAUCAUCCAUCGGGACCAGACCAAGUCUACCGUCCGCCGAAUGAACAAAGCUCUGAAUCAGUCUCGUUCUACCCCCUCGACCUCGACCGCGACCGCGGUAGCCAUCAUUUCCACGCCGCCGAAAGAGCCACCACCGUCACAGUUGCCGAGUCCUCGUCCGUCUCCUACGCGACAACAAACGCCCAACCCUACCCCGACGCUCACAGUCCCGCUCGCACAACGCGCCACCUGCUAUUUUGCCUCGAACUUUCUCUACGUGCCGCUGGGCCAGAUACCCCAUGGUUUUAUGGACUACCUUGUGCCCUUGAUUGAUGGCGAACCCCCAGAUAGCGCGCUCCGAAGCGCCUUCAAUGCUUGUGCGAUAGCCGCCCUUGGUAACAGAGAGAAAGCGAACAGUCUCAACCUGGCCAAUGUAUCUCUUCGGGAACACACACUGGCUCUGGCCAAGACCCAUGCUGCCUUGGGAAACCCCAUGACAAGCAGUUCAGAUGCUACCCUCGCUGCAGUACUUUUGCUUGGUUUAUAUGAGAGCAUCACGGCGAUUAAGGACUCGCGCAUGCUAGCAUGGCGUUCACACGUUGACGGGGCGAUCCAGAUUGUCAAGCUGCGAGGCCGAGAACAGAUGCGCAGCACCAAGACUGGGACCCUCCUAUUCCAAGCGGUGAGGCAUCAAGUGAUUGGUCGAGCACUAACAUCGGGUAUGCCCCCGCCAUUAGGAGCCGACUGGUGGGUGGAUGGCAUUGGCGAUGGCCAUCUCUUGCCUAGCACCAUGCACCGCUUCGCCCUCCGAGUCAGUGAAUUGCGAGCCGAGGCUUCUGCUCUGUUGGCUAGCAUAACGCGCACCGUCGAGGAUAUCGAACUGAUGCAUCAGUUGGCCCAUCGAGUGCGUUUCCUGGACCAAGAGAUCGCUUCAUGGCUUCUUGCUCUGCCGCCAAACUUGCGCUUCAAGACGCUAUGCUGGCUAUCACCCAAGGCGGUGGGCUUAUCACCACGGCGGCCCUACUCCGAGCUCGAGGUGUUCCCUGGCCGUGUCGACAUGUACCCCGACUUCGUGACUGCUAGCAUAUGGAAUACUGCGCGCACGGUACGCCUUGUACUAGCCUCCCUCAAUAUCCGCAUGGUAGCAUGGCUCAGCGCCCCCGCCGAUUACCGCACAACUGCCGAGUAUGCCACGUCAAAAGCCAUCUGCGAAGGUAAUAUUGCCGAUGUCUUAGCCUCGGUCCCAUACCAUCUUGGAUGGCACACCAAGAAGGAAGGCUUAUUCGACAAUGAUACCGAUCGCUCCGGAUUUGCUUGCGGUUACGAGGAUACGAUCAAGGCUCUUCCAGCUUGGUUCUUGAUCUGGGCCUUGACUUGUGUUAAGAACCAUGAUAUGGCGACUGACGAUCAGCGUGUUUGGGUAAAGGGCCGGCUUCGGUUCAUUGCUGAUUAUGUUGGGCUCAAGUAUGCCAACAUUGUCAACGAUCUCGAACUCCGCUUUCCAUCCAUGUUCAUCCGCCACGACGGCACCAUGCCUUCGUCAGAUCCACUGAAGGCCGCCAUGGACAAAGGCCUUGCUGUUCCUGUAAGCGCAAUGCUCUCUAGCACCUCUAGUCCGAGGACUCCUGAGAGCAUGGGUUCUGAAGGACAGUAUACGUCGCCGUGA